UGGCUAUCCAUUUACGCGAAAUCUUGGGCACAGUGAGGGGUUUCUCUCAUCCAAAAAUUGGAGGCUCUCUCUCUCUCUAUUCGUGGUGGGUGAAUGGCUGAAUGCAUACCUUACUCUCUUAUUUGAGAAAGAAUACAAUGGUCAUGCAGAACCAAAUUCUGAGAUGGCUGAAGAAACCAAAGGUAGUAAAAUUUGUAUGUCUUACUUCAUCUGUUGUUGGGCUGUUAUGUUAUGCUCUCAGUUCCUCUUUCAACCAUCUACUGGGAAACUGGAGCUGGUGGAAGAUGCUUCUUUAUAUUGUUUUCAGUUUCAUCAUUUGUCUAGCCAUCUUGUUCACACCGGCAAGGUCAAGCUCCACCUCUUUCCGGCUGGAAUCUCAUUUGGCAUUUUUGGUUCUUAUANUCACUUCUGUUUGUUCCUUUUUGUUUGAUAACGUGGUGAAGGGAAAACCAGAUGCAUACAACGUCAUCUCUUGGGCUGCUUUUGCUACUAUGUCGCUUGGCUUGUCAAAUNUCAGUCAAUUUGGAUUCCANAUUGAUCUACUAUAUUUCUUCUGCGGAGGUCUAACAGUACAACUCAUGAAGAUCAAAUUGUGGUUAGUCACUGUUGGAGGGGGUUUCAGUUAUUCCCUCCUCCAGCUUCGUUACUAUCCGAGCGACACAGACGGGGAGAACCUUCGGCUCGAGGACCACAAUCAAAUAAUCAUUCAAGUUAAUGAUUCAAGGAAUGUUAGUAGUACAAGUCACGGAGAAGCUAAUGCUGAUGUUGAUAGUACUCAAGGCACCUCACCAGAAGAUGGGGAUCUUAGAUUCCAAGACUAUCUACUCACUCAAAGCAAUUUACCUUCGCAAGAUGGAAGCGUUGAUGAUGGUCUUAUCAUCCAACAACAGCUCAUCAAUUGUAUAAAGGAGCUUGAGAAUGAGAAUCAUAUGCUUGUUUCCAUGGUUUGUAGUCACGUGGACAAAUACCUUAAAGCCGUGUUUUACUCCAAAGAAGUACCGGAUCCUGACAUCAACUUGGUGAUGAAUGCACUUCCAACGGAAAUUAUGAGGCGCCUUAAGGAAACCGUGAAGCUGAUGGUGGAUGCGGGUUUUAAGGAGGAAUGCAGCGACAUUUACAACAAAUGGCGAAGGGAGUUUCUGGAACAGUGUCUACAGAAACUUGGGUUGCAAAUUGAAUUGCAAUUUGUAGAGCCCAAGAAAUGGAAGAUUAUGAGGUGGUUAGACACGUGCAAGGUAGCUGAGAAGAUACUGUUUCCCAAUGAAAGGAAACUCUGCGAUUACCUCUUUUCAGGGUUUUCUGUCGCUGCGGAUGUUUCCUUCGAUAAGGUUUGCGAGGAACUGACGAUUGGUUUAUUAAGUUUUGUCAAUACCACCAUAACAAUUGGGAGCUAUUUGUCGGAUCUUUUGCUUGACUUCUUUCCUAAAAUGUCGAAGUCAUUGGGCAAGCUGGUUCUGAAUUUCACUCCAGAGACUUCGUUUGUAGAUGAUAUUCAAGACGUUCUGCAAAGAUUGGUUAUGCUAAACAACUUUGGGCUUAUUGUUUACACUGAUAAUGUGCAGGCACCAGGCAGAGGGCUUCAUCUAAUUACUAUGGAAGCAAUGGAUUACAUGCAUUGGAUAAUAAAGAAGAGGGCUGACCGAUCUAACAGCAUCGGAAAUUUUUUAUUUUGGGUGAUGAUAGUAAGGAUGAUUGAGUUGUUAGAGAAGGAGUUGGUAGCCAAGUAUGAAAACUACUAUCCUAACCCUGCAUUGGGCCAUGCUUUUAUGAUCAAUAAUCUCAGUUACAUAGAACAAAAGACGCGUGAUUUGAAAUUGAACGAUGAUUGGUUUCGACAAAACGCAGCAAGGGUGGAACAAUACUGCAACGUGCAUCUAAGAAGUAAGUCACAGCUAAUGCUGAUGUUGAUAGUACUCUUGGUAACUCACCAGAACAUCUAAGAAGUAAGUCACAACAAGCUAAUGCUGAUGUUGAUACUUCUCUUGGUACCUCACCAGAA